GCUGUCAAACGCCGGGGGUCGGGUCCGGAAGCGGCCGCCCGGGUUCUUGCCUCCCAGACGCUGUUGCUCCUCGGCCCGCCCCCGGAGCGCGAGGACGGGUGCCCGGGCCGGGGUCUAUCGGGAAGAUGGCGACCCCGGGCAUGAGCUGGCAGCAGCACUAUUACGGCGGCCCGGCGGCCGGGGCGGCCAAAUUCCCGCCCUCUCCGGCCGCCGCGCAGCAGGCGGGGCACAGCAUGGACUACAGCCAGGACCUGCACCUGAAAAUGAGCAAGAAAAUCGCCCAGCUCACCAAGGUAAUAUAUGCUUUAAAUACUAAAAAUGAUGAGCAUGAAUCUGCAAUUCAGGCCCUCAAAGAUGCUCAUGAAGAAGAAAUCCAACAGAUUCUUGCAGAAACAAGAGAAAAAAUAUUGCAAUAUAAAAGCAAAGUAACAGAGGAGUUAGACCUGAAGAGAAAGAUUCAGGUUUUAGAAGCAUCAUUAGAAGACCACAUAAAAAUGAAGCAGCAGGCUUUGACAGAAUUUGAAGCUUAUAAGCACAGAGUUGAGGACAUGCAACUUUGUGCAGAAGCCCAGCAUGUCCAACGCAUAGUAACCAUGUCUAGAGAGGUUGAAGAGAUCAGAAGGAAGUUUGAGGAAAGAUUACGGAGUUUUGGGCAACUCCAAGUACAGUUUGAAAAAGACAAACGGUUGGCAUUGGAAGAUUUGCGAACUGCUCAUAGACGGGAAAUCCAAGAGCUGUUGAAGUCCCAGCAGGAUCACAGUGCCUCGGUCAGUAAAGGGCAGGAGAAGGCAGAGGAACUGCACAGGGUGGAGGUGGAGACAUUAAACAAAACACUGGAGGAGCUAAGACUUGAACGGAAAAAGCUAAUUGAGGAUUAUGAAGGCAAGUUGAAUAAAGCUCAGUCCUUUUAUGAGCAUGAGCUUGAUACUUUGAAAAGGUCACAGCUUUUUACAGCGGAAAGCCUCCAGGCUAGCAAAGAAAAGGAAGCUGAUCUUAGAAAAGAAUUUCAGGGACAAGAAGCAAUUUUAAGAAAAACUAUAGGAAAAUUGAAGACAGAGUUACAGAUGGUACAGGAUGAAGCUGGAAGUCUUCGCGACAAAUGCCAAAAGCUUCAGAUAGCACUUGUUACAGCAGAGAACAAUGUUCAGGUUCUUCAAAAACAGCUUGAUGAUGCCAAGGAGGGAGAGAUGGACUUACUAAGCAAGCACAAGGAAGUGGAAAGUGAGCUAGCAGCGGCCAGAGAACGUUUACAACAACAGGCUUCAGACCUUGUCCUCAAAGCUAGUCACAUUGGAAUGCUUCAAGCGACUCAGAUGACCCAAGAGGUUACAAUUAAAGAUCUAGAAUCAGAAAAAUCAAGGACCAACGAGAGAUUAUCUCAGCUUGAAGAAGAAAGAGCUUUUUUGCAAAGCAAAACUCAGAGUCUGGAUGAAGAGCAGAAGCAGCAGAUUUUGGAACUAGAGAAGAAAGUAAAUGAAGCAAAGAAAACUCAGCAAGAAUAUUAUGAGAUGGAGCUAAAAAAUCUGCAAAAUAGAUUGGAAGGAGAGGUUGCUCAAUUAAAUGAGGCUCAUUCUAAGACUUUGGAAGAAUUAGCUUGGAAGCACCACAUGGCAAUUGAAGCUGUCCACAGUAAUGCAGUUAAGGAUAAGAAAAAACUACAAGCGGAAUUAGAGGAACAGUAUAAAAAGGAGAAACUAAACCUGGAAGAGGAUAAAAGUCAACUUCAGCGAGAGCUGGAAAACUUGAAGGAAGAGCUGGAAGACAAGCUGAAUACAGCCAAUCAAGAGAUUGGCCGCCUCCAAGAUCUGGUAAGGAAAAGUGAACAAGGUCUUGGCUCUGCAGAAGGACUCAUUGCUAGUCUUCAGGACUCCCAGGAAAGACUUCAAAAUGAGCUCGAUUUGACUAAAGGCAGGCUGAAGGAGACCAAGGAUGCGCUAUUGAAUGUUGAGGGUGAGCUAGAACAAGAAAGACAACAGCAUGAAGAAACGCUUGCUGUUAUGAAAGAGGAAGAGAAGCUCAGAGUGGACAGAAUGGCCCAUGACUUGGAAGUAAAAUGGACUGAAAACCUUAGACAAGAGUGUUCUAAACUUCGUGAAGAGUUAAGACUACAACAUGAAGAGGAUAAGAAGUCAGCAAUGUCUCAACUUUUGCAAUUAAAAGAGAGAGAGAAAAAUGCAGCCAGGGAUUCAUGGCAGAAGAAAGUAGAAGAUCUCUUAAACCAGCGGCACUCUCUGGGUGAAGCUUUGCAUAAAUCUAUCAACAAUAUUUCCUUGCUGAAACAGAAUCUGGAGAUGCAGCUUUCCCAGUCUCAGACUUCUUUGCAGCAACUGCAAGCCCAGUUCACACAAGAGCGACAACGACUUACACAAGAGCUUGAAGAAUUAGAGGAACAACAUCAACAGAGACAUAAAUCUUUGAAAGAAGCACAUGUCCUUGCAUUUCAAACUAUGGAAGAAGAAAAGGAAAAGGAACAAAGAGCUCUUGAAAAUCAUUUACAACAAAAACAUUCUGCAGAGCUUCAGUCAUUAAAAGAUGCACAUAGAGAGUCAAUGGAGGGCUUCCGGAUAGAAAUGGAACAGGAACUUCAGACUCUUCGGUUUGAAUUAGAAGAUGAAGGAAAGGCUAUGCUUGCUUCCUUACGAUCAGAACUAAACCAUCAACAUGCGGCUGCAAUUGAUUUGUUACGGCACAGUCAUCAUCAAGAAUUGGCAGCUGCUAAAAUGGAAUUAGAGCGAAGCGUAGAUAUUAGCAGAAGACAGAGUAAGGAACAUAUGUGUAGAAUAACAGAUCUACAAGAGGAAUUAAGGCACAGAGAGCAUCACAUCUCAGACUUGGAUAAGGAGGUACAGCACCUUCAUGAAAAUAUAAGUGCCCUAACCAAAGAAUUGGAAUUUAAGGGGAAAGAAAUUCUCAGAAUACGAAGUGAAUCUAACCAACAGAUGAGGUUGCAUGAACAAGAUUUAAACAAGAGACUUGAAAAAGAGCUGGAUGUCAUGACAGCAGACCACCUCAGAGAGAAAAAUAUCAUGCGGGCAGAUUUUAAUAAGACUAACGAGCUACUCAAGGAAAUAAAUGCAGCUUUACAAGUGUCACUAGAAGAAAUGGAAGAAAAAUAUCUAAUGAGAGAAUCAAAACCAGAAGAUAUACAGAUGAUUACAGAAUUAAAAGCCAUGCUUACAGAAAGAGACCAAGUCAUAAAGAAACUAAUUGAGGAUAAUAAAUUUUAUCAGCUGGAAUUAGUCAAUCGAGAAACUAACUUCAACAAAAUGUUUAACUCAAGCCCUUCUGUUGGUGUUAUUAAUCCAUUGACUAAGGGACUAUCCUCACAUGUAUUAUUUUUAAUGCAGCAAAAGAAGAAGAAUGAUAAAUCACCAACAAACAGGUUUGUGAGUGUUCCCAAUCUAAGUGCUCUGGAAUCUGGUGGAGUGGGCAACGGACAUCCUAACCGCCUGGCUCCCAUUCCUAAUUCUCCAGUCCACGAUACCGAGUUCAACAGCAGCAAACCACUUCCACAGCCAGUGCCACCUAAAGAGCCCAAGACAUUUUUGAGGUAUCAGUAAGAUGCAUGUGCAUGAGCUCAAGGAACAUGACUACUGGAGUUUCCAUUACACAUUGUUGCGUGCCUUGUAAUUUCCCCCAAAGACGGUAGGGAUUCUUUUAUUUUCUCAACUAGCCCAAAGACUCUUUAGUUAGAAUUAAGUAUAAAUUUGAACUUUGAAGAUGGAGGAGAAACUGGCUUCUGAAUGGUACUCCUUUCCCCCUAGAGUAUUUGCUUAUGGAAUUAUGAUAGUUCAAUAUAAAUAUACAUGUAGUAAAAAUACCGAACCAUGGCUUAGUUAACUUAAGUUAGUUAUAUUUGAGGAUACAUCUGUAAAAACCAAAUGCUUCUGUCAGAUUCUGAAAUUUUAAUUAACUAGAAGAAAAGGCGCUGAAAAAGAGGAAUGUUCUCUUAUUCUUAUUUCUGACAAUUCCUCCUGAAUUUUCUUUAUUCAAAGAAGGUGACAUUAUUUUUCUCAACUGUCUGGAUUUUGGGGGGUUUUUUGUAAUUUUUUGUAAUUGUUUUGAUGUGGCUCCUCCUUAACUGACUUCAUCUGAGCUGCUGAUGCACUCUCACACUCUCAUGGAGUGGAGAACCCAAUCUAGUGUAGAGGGGUCUACAAAACACAUCUAAUGCAGGGAACCGCUUGUGGUCAUCUACACUGGUGUUUCUUUGUGCUUUUCCCUUCGUUUUGCAAAACAGCUUAAUGCUGGGUUACAUGUCUCUCUUUUUUUAUGAAUUCAGUCCUCCUCAGAGUGAAGCUUCCCCGGUGGCUUCUCCCGAUCCCCAGCGCCAGGAGUGGUUUGCCCGGUACUUCACGUUCUGAAAGAGUAGUGUUGGCAACAGCUCUGUGUGGACUGUUCCUAAGAGCAUGACCUUAUACAGACCAUUAUGUGAACAGGCUUUCCUAUGUCAGACACUGUGAAUGAGAAAGUAUUUGUCUCUCCAAUUUGCAAAUACACUAUUUCCUGUGAUAUUUACUGGAAUCACUCUACUAUAUUAUGUGUGUAAUUAUAACAGUUAUUUUUAUUUGAGAUGGAAGAGUCUUUAACCUUUGUAAUUACUGCAUAAUAAAUUUUGUUAGAACAAACA